AUGCUGAUGGUGAGAGCUGUGACCGCAGUGGGAGUGAGUCCUUCAGCUGAGGUCUCCAUAAAGACUGCUCCCUGUAGUCCUCCCAGAGACCCCGAGGCCACGGCUGAGUCCACACAGCUGUUCCUGCACUGGAAGAAACCAGCAGAGAUGGGACCCAACGUUACUGUCCUCAAAUACAUGGUGAAUUACGGGCGCACAGAGAAGAAGGUCCGCUGGGAGCAGGUCGAGUCUGGAGGCGAAACUGUGACCAUCUCCAACCUGCAGCCGCAAACAUCGUACACCAUCAGAGUCCUGUGUGAAUGUGGGCCCCAUGGCAAUAGCAAGAAGAGUCAGAGUUAUUGUCAGCACCAAAGCGCCAAGAAGCCCAAAGGAAGACAUCAAACAAUCCUGUGA